GCCAUGGAAGACAGCCAGACACUCUUGACCCCUGUGGUGAGCUGUGGGCCUCCAGGAGCCCUGCUGACCCGCCCCGUCAUCCUCACUAUGCAUCACUGCGCAGACCCCAACACCGAGGACUGGAAGAUACAACUCAAGAACCAGACAGCACAGGGACAGUGGGAGGAUGUGGUGGUGGUUGGGGAGGAAAACUUCACCACCCCUUGCUACAUUCAGCUGGAUGCAGAGGCCUGCCACCUCCUCACAGAGAGCCUCAGCACCUACGCCCUGGUAGGGCAGUCCACCACCAAAGCUGCCGCGAAGCGCCUGAAGCUGGCCAUCUUCGGGCCCCUUUGCUGCUCCUCUCUGGAGUACAGUGUUCGAGUCUACUGUCUGGACGACACCCAGGACGCCCUGAAGAUGUGCUGCUUCUAAGGCCCUGUCAGGAUGGAAAUCAUCCUAGGCUUAAAUUCUGCAUAGGGAAAACUGUAUUUGUAGUGGAACUGUGGGAUCUGAUUAAAGGCAAAUCUCUUAACCACUCCAAGAAAAAUCAUUGUAAAAAGUGCACUACAGAAGAUCUACAUCAUAUUUGAAAUGUUUGAUGCAUGUAUUUUAUAUUCAUUCACACAGUCUUAUACUUAGGCAUUCUUGACCUUUCUUCCCAACAGAAACACACAAAUCCAUGCAAAAAAAAAUAAUAAUAAUUCAAUAAAAUAAUUUUAAUUGUUUUAAUUAGUGAAAAGAAAUGCAAAUAGUCAACACCAAGAAAGAUUGACAAACAGGUUUAAGCAGUGAAAACAACCCAGAAGCAUUUUGAAUCACGGUCAGUGCUGUCCAAAUAGACAUUUAUAAAUUCUCAGCAUCUGGGGAUCCAGCACUUAGACCGAAAAAAAUAUGAAUAAUGGAUAAGGCUUUCUUGUACCUCAUGGCCUUUUAAUAAUGUGAAAAUACCAAAAUCCUAUUUAUAGGUAAACGGUCUAUCCAACAUACUGAAGAGGCAAUUAGUUCAGUCCCAGCAACACUGCCUAACACCCACACUUGAAUUGGAACCUUGGUGCUGAUUUUCAGAAAGGCCCUUUCUUACCUGAAUUCUGCCUUCUUGGCACCCUGCCUGCCAAGGCCCACCAGUCUCUGCCAUCUCCCUGCUUCUCUAACCACCAUUGCCCAUAAAUAACCCCUUUCCAAACACCUCUUCCUCCUGCAAGCCCACUUGCUCCCCACACAUGCCCUUCUUGAAUCAGUAGUUCUCCAGCCCAUGCACAGAGGACUCAACUGGGGAAGCCUUCUGCAUGGAGCACUGGGUGUUAUGCACAAACAAUGAAUCAUGGAACACUUCAUCUAAAACUAAUGAUG